CUCGCAGGGAAACGGAUAAAGUACAGCAAAACACCGAUGCACGUGCAUUAAGUCUUAUGGCUAGUUAAAAUAUUGAGCACUUCACAAUAUUUGACAUAAAAACUGAUAAUCAGAAAUAAUGGAAAUUACAGGAUGAGUUUGCCAAAGUGUUUCCCAAGGGCUUGCCAAUAGGAGAAGAAAUGGGAUAAAGAGAUUUUUUGAGGAGCGACACAAGGAAAAUAUCAGCAGUGAGCGGCAGCAUGGUGAACGAGAACCUGCCUCGCUGGGUGUCGGACCCGGAGGACAAGCUGGUGCACAUCAACGUGGGCGGCCUGAAGCAGAGCCUGUGCUCCAGCACGCUGCGCAAGUUCCCAGACACGCGCCUGGGCCGGCUGCUGGCCUGCCACUCCGAGGAGGACAUCCUGCAGGUGUGCGACGACUACGACGUCCAGCAGGGGGAGUUCUACUUCGACCGCAACCCGGGGCUCUUCCCCUACGUGCUGCACUUCUACCAGACGGGCAAGCUGCACAUCAUGGAGGAGCUGUGCGUCUUCUCCUUCUGCCAGGAGAUCGAGUACUGGGGCAUCAACGAGUUCUUCCUGGACAGCUGCUGCAGCUACCGCUACCACGACCGCAAGCUGGAGAACCGGCACAAGAGCUGGGACGAGGACAGCGACGUGAGCAGCGUGGACACCUCGGUGGACGAGAUCUCCGACCUCAACAAGGACAUCCGGCAGUUCCAGGACAUGCGCUGCGGGGGCCUGCGGAAGUGCCUGUGGCUGACCCUGGAGAACCCGGGCUACUCCAUCCCCAGCAAGCUCUUCAGCCUGGUGUCCAUCGGUGUGGUGCUCACCUCCAUCGCCGCCAUGUGCAUCAACAGCAUCCCCGAGUACCAGAAGUUCGACGAGAACGAGAAGCUGCUGGAGGACCCCACCAUGCAGGCCCUGGAGCUCUUCUGCAUCUGCUGGUUCACCUUCGAGGUGGUCACGCGGAUGCUGCUGGCGCCCAACCGGCGCAAGUUCUUCCUGCACCCGCUGAACGUGAUCGACAUUGUGUCCGUGUUGCCCAUCUACAUCACCUUCUUCUUCGACCUGGUGGCGGGCAGCGAGUCGGAGCUGGGCAACCUGGGAAAGCUGGUGCAGGUGUUCCGCCUCAUGAGAAUCUUCCGAGUGCUGAAGCUGGCCAGGCACUCCACGGGCCUGAGGUCCCUGGGGGCCACGCUGCGGCACAGCUACCGGGAGGUGGGCAUCCUCCUGCUGUACCUGGCGGUGGGCGUGUCGGUGUUCUCGGGCAUCGCCUACACGGCCGAGUACGAGGAGGACGUGGGCCUGGACACCAUCCCGGCCUGCUGGUGGUGGGGCACGGUCAGCAUGACCACCGUGGGCUACGGCGACGUGGUGCCCGUCACCAUCGCCGGCAAGCUGGCGGCCGGCGGCUGCAUCCUGGGAGGGACGCUGGUGGUGGCCCUGCCCAUAACCAUCAUCUUCAACAAGUUCUCCCACUUCUACCGCAAGCAGAAGGCCCUGGAGGCCUCCGUGCGCAACAACAACAAGAGGAGGUGGAGGAGGCCGGCCGAGGAGUCCGGCGGCAGCCUGGACGGGGACAGCCAGUGCCUGGAGGAGCUGGAGGAGGACGAGGAGGACGAGGGAGGAGGGGUAGUCAACUACAGCUACAUGGACGUCCCGCCCUCCUGGGAGGGGGGCAGCGCCGUGGUGCGGAGGAAAGAGCCUCACCACUUCUGA